AUAGAAGAAGAAGAAUCUUUGCUGACGACAUAAGAAAAAUAAAUUAAUGCACUCGAAAUGAUUAUCAGUCUUAGUUGUUUAAGUUCGGAUAUUGAUUGAACGAACAGUACACGGAUCCUAUUGUUAUCGAUGUGCCUCUGAAUCGUAUCUGUGUCAACAAGCUAGCUAGCUAAUUUAGCUAUACAUCAUUAAUUGAGUCUGUCACUGUCAGUCUGAUCUAGCUCGUCGAUCAUAGUUAAGAUGUGUUGCAGCUUUUGAAGAUAGUUACCUCUGUACUUUUUGUCUCAAAUAUGAACUUGUAAGUCGGAAAACGAAUCAGACAAUAGAGAAUGUCAGGUUAGCAUUGUAAACAACAGCAGCGAAUAACCAGUCAAACAUCACAUCAUCAUGGAGGAUGAGGAAGAUCUCGAGGUACUUGGCGAACAACUGUACGAUUUAAUUUACCCCAAGCACGCUGAGAUCGCCGGGAAACUCACAGAUGGCAUUGUAAUUGGGUCGGAGGCAUGUUGCUGGAACUACCUGGUCCUGUCCUGACUCGGAUGCAGCAGGAUGAAGCGAUGCUGACAGAGGCCCUUGAGAAAGCCCUCAGAGCUCUGCAACUACCUCAGGGCCCCAGCAAUACAAGGAUGUCAAAGGAGGAAGAUGAAGCAUCUGCCUCUUCUGACUCGCUUGGGGAACAGCUGUUUGAGCUCGUGGACAUCUACAACACUGGCCACACACAGAAAAUCACUGGCAUGCUACUGGAGCAGCAUAAAGAAGCGGUGCUGCAUCUUCUCUCAGAACCCUCACUACUGGAGGAGCAGGUGAACCUGGCCUUGAAGACACUGCAGCAGCUGGGUGUGGAAGAGACAGAUGUGAGUGACUCAUCAGAUGCCGAUGACACAGAGAGGCUGGAAGAGAGGCUGUUUCUACUGGUGCAGGAGAUGGACGCAGUGCACUCAAAUGACAUUACAGGCAUGCUUUUGGAGAUGGACCCUGCAGCUCUCAGACAGAUGCUGAACGACCGCACCAUGUUGGAGGGAGCCGUUCAAAAAGCACAAGCAGCGCUGGAAAGCAUUUGGAUCCAAGAGGACAAAGAAAUCACCAAAUCCAAAUGAAGUUGGCCCAAAUACUGUGACAUUUCAGCUGAAGAAAACUACUUUAUGAACACAAGAACAUUUAUGUGCCACUAACCCACAGGAUCAUAGCUGCCAUGAAGGGAUGUAUGUAUAUACUGCAUUCUAAGUGGCGAUUCCUGAUUUCAGAUAUUUUUCUCACUCCAACACUUGUCAGUGACUUGUUUCGGAGUGCAAUGCACUUUAGUUAAGGCCACACUCAUGAUUGGACAGGAAGGGGAAUAUGAGCCAGUGAAGUGUGCUGCGACGCCCUCACACACUUGCUAAAAAUAAAACCAGGCACCCUACACUUCUUGAAAUAUACAUGCAAAUGCUCCUUUAGACUGCAGACUUCAGGAGUGGAGAAUGGAACAGGCCUAUAGUCUUUUUUUUUGUUGCUUCCAAUGCUAUAGGAGAAUUUGACAACUGUCUGGGUUGAUUGGAUUUUUCUACUUGCCAGAGUUGUCAAUGAGGGAUAGGUAGUGCUGGUCCAAAAUACUUUAAUCUGUGAGAAAGUAACUACAUCUGUAGUGCCACAGUGAUGCCAACAGACUUGCACACAUUUUAGGUCCACUGGUAGUUUGGGGGAUAUUUGUUUGUACUUCACUCAAUAAUAAAAUUGAAUUCAGUAACAUUACACAAAUAUUAAAAUAUUCCAUAUUCAGACACUUGUUGGGCCAACUGUUGGGAUGUACUGCAAUAAUGUGUGAAUAGGAAAUGUAUUUUGAUAUGUAGAUAAAACACAACAUGAUGAACCUUGGAUACUAAUCAGACAGAACAAAAUUAAACAUUCUUUCAAAGUGCUAAAGAGCGCAAAGAUAUCUUUAUUUAUUACCAUUUUACAGGGUUGAAUUCCAAAACAGGAAAAAUCAACAGCUUUUCUCAGACAAAAA